AUGGUACCUCGGAGUGCCGUCUGCCAAACAGGUGUAGGAGUGGCCCACUCCAAUUCCAAACGUCAGAACUACACGCGACUAGUUCUGUCGCCAUCAUCGAGGGACCCACGCUGCGAUAUUCGUAUGCUACCUCGAGAUGCCGUUUACAAAACGGCUGUAGAAGUAGCCAACUUCACUUCCGAAUACCAACCAUACACGCGCCCAGAUCUGGCGCCAGCUUUGAGGGACCCCCGAUGCGACGUCCGCAUGGUACCUCGGGAUGCCGUCCGGCAAACGGGUGUACCGGUAAUUCCCUCUAACUUCCACCGCCGGCCAUUCGCAGUUCGUGCUAUGAAGCCAUCCUUGAUGCACUGCAACUCAGGCAUUGGUCAGGCAGUUGAACGUGGAUCGUUCGGCAGGGUUGUUACAACCUUACUUAACCCCUCCCAAUCCUGUUCAACCCUCCACGGUGGAUUUCUAUUGUCGCCUAAGACUCUCCUUAUCGGCCCAGCUGGCCCUAGUGUACAUACUUUAACUCCAAACAUUACACGAGUGGCGGUCGUGUACGGAGCCGUGGACUCUCAGUGGAUACCGGAACCCACUGUAGUAGACUGCUUCUCCGCAUACAGUCUCAGGCAACUGAUGGCCAGAGCUCCAAACAUUACACGUGUGGCGGCCGUGGAGGGAGCAUUAGCCUCUGAGCAGACAGUUUGUGGUGCACUUGUGCACUGCGCGUACUCCAACAGCAUGUAUCGACCGCCUGUCAGCUCUCCUGUUAUCGUGAGCGAGGCGGUUAAUCUUCGGUUACGCGAAUCGUCCCACUGCCUCUCCAACUCAGGAGAUGUGCAUGCGUCUGGCCACCACGAGCUAUACUCAUCGCUAUCUCUGAAAUCGAUUGUUGAAGGCGAGCAUCUGGGCAAGUCAUCUCCGCCAAAAGUGGUAAGUUUGGGACUAUGGAAGUAUCUCGUUGGCCUUUCCUCGGAGAAUUGA